AUUUAUGUAAAUAACCAAAAAUCGAACAAAAUUUAAUGAAAAUGGAUAUUUGCCGUGCUUGUAUGAGCGAGUCUCAUACCUUGGUGGAUAUAUUUUGCGAUCGGCCAUUGGCUGAUUAUGAAUUCAGUGUGGCGGAGAUGCUCAACGAGCUGGUGGAUUUUAAGAUCGCUCGUGACGAUAAGCUGCCUCAGAAGAUUUGCGUCUCCUGUGGUUUAAAUGCUCAAAUCGCGUUUCGAUUCAAGCGCAGACUACAGCAGAGCCAUCAGUUGCUCUGCAUGAAAGUAAGCGUGGAAUAUCCGGAUGGUGUCACUGUGGCGGACACAGAUACGGAUGACGAAGUGAAGGACAAUGAAUCUGAAUCUAAAUGGAAUUUGAAACAAAGCAAGCCAUAUAAAAGAAAAAUGACCAGCUGCGAGAGGUUGAUCAUGGAAAACUUAGUCAAUGAGUGCGAUCGACCGGAUUCCACUACGUUGGAUAUUGCUGACGCUGAUUCAGGAACAACUCAUCGAUAUCCCCUGCGCCGAUGCACACGGAUGUCAAACCUCAGCUAUUGCGAGAAUAUUACCAAUCCCAUCACACUGCGCAGUAGGCUGCGUAUGUUCAAGUGCGAGCAGUGCUCGACAUCGUUUACUACAAUUGAUAACCUCAUGAAACACCAAAAGUCUCAUGUCGGAGAGCACCACUACAAAUGUUUACAUUGCCCGAAAGCCUAUCGCAAGCAGUCAAAGCUGCAGAAACACAUCAAGUGCCAUAGCAACGAACAUCGUCACCUGUGUGGCCAGUGCUCCAGAGCUUUCAAGUGCAAGGCGGAUCUGGACACACACACUCUGGUCCACAGCGAGGAGCGUCCUCACAUCUGUCCCUACUGCCAAUUCACCUUCAAGACGUACUCUCACCUCAGUAGGCAUGUACGCAAUCAUACGGGUCAACGCUCGUUCCAGUGCGAGGAUUGCAACAAAACCUUCACCACCAAAUGGAACUUGAAAUGUCACAUCAAUACUCCCAAUAGGUGUUCAGCCAGAAGGGGAAGCGAUUAUAAUUUAAACAUGCAGAAUAAGUCGACUUGAAAAGCCUAGAAUAAUUAUUACACUACUUG